AAGUUGCCGCCCAAGCUCUCCUCUCUGCCGUCAACCGUGUGUCGUCCAACUGCCACACAACGUUUUGUAGUUGUUGUUGUUGCAAGCUUCGUUCAGCUGGCAGCACAGCUCACAAACACACACACACACACACGCGCACAGCUGCAAGCACAGCUGUGAGCAGUUGACUUGACUUGAGUUGCGUUGCGUUGAGUUGAGUUGGGAGCAGCAAGCAGAGCGACUCAAUUGCUGCCAGCAGAGGCCGCCCCGUCCGCAGAGAGCCCUCGACGGUUGUCGCUGUCUAAUUCAACGUCCAGUCAAGCAGCGGCCGCCGCACGCAACACAACAGCUCUACUCGACACGCACGGAGACGGAACGACGCAAGCAGCAGCAGCAGUAGCCAGCACAUGCAUAGACACAUAAAUGAUUGUGUGUGUGUGUGUGUAUAGAACUUUAACUAAUUCGCAAUUCCUUUUUGGGCAACAAACAAAAUAAUAUUAAAAACAACAACAACUCAACUUUCAAGUGCUGUGCGUAAAUUGUAAAGAGAAGGAAAGAGAGAGCGAGCGAGCGAGCGCGAGGCGGCAGUUUUCGGCUUUUUUAGAAUGUAUUAAAAUUUAAAUGUUUAACUAGAAUAACAAAUUUAGUUGUUGAUACUUUUUGCAAUUAUUUGUUAAACGAGCAAGAGAGAGAGAGAGAGAGCAGUAGUAGAAGACAAGAGACCAUAGCUUCAGUCAGAAAAUUGUGUGCCGUAAAAGAACGUGAAAUAUUUGAAUGCAAGCAAAUCGCAAAUAAUAAAAUAAUAAACUGAUAAAUAAAAUAAUAUAUAUAUAUAGAUAUAUAUAUAUAUACAAAACACACACAAAUACAUACACACAAAAAUCAAAUCAAAUUCUUGUGAUUAAAGUGCAUUUCUAAUACAUAUAUACAUAGAUAUACAUAUAUAUACACCCACACACACCUACACAUAUGUAUAUGUAUUUCACUAUACGCAUCGAAAAAUAACAACAACAAAUAUAACAACCGCUAAGAAAUCGCAGUCAAAACUUUGAAUGCUGCCCAAACAAAUUCCAAUUGGAGUCAACGGCAACGAGUGAGAAAUUCUUAUUUGACUAUGAAGAUGGAAGUGCUAUCGGUACAAUGUCACAUUCAGGAACAAUUCGGCGGCAUUGGGGCAACAAAAGUAAAAGACUGGACGAGUCCGCUAACGGCACCAGCAACUGCAACGGCAACGGCAGCGGCAGCCGCAGAGGUGAACGUGGCUGACGUGGACAUUGUCGACGUGGACGUGGAUGUGGAUGUGGACGUAGACGCUGAUGUUGUGGAUGGCCAUCCAGCGUCUGUGCUGCAUAUGCGUCAGCAUCAGGCGCUCAACACACGGCCGCGCCUCUCCUCGGCGUCAGCCUCGGCCACAUCGGCGGCCGCCAAACCGCCCGCAUCCCCCAUGGCGGCCAGCUUUGAUAUGCUCAACGGGGGCAGCGCCGUCGCCGCAUAUAUGUCGAACGUUCUGCAGGCAGGGCCGCCGCCUACGCUGCCCGCCUCGCCGCUGCAGUCGACGUCAGCGGCACGCUUCGGCGCCAUUGACAAUCUGGACGAUGUGAACCCGGCUGCUGUGCAGGAGCUUUCGCAGCAGCUGCAGGCCAAGCUGCGCGACGCCAAAAGCCAGCAUCUCGACUGCACCGAGGUCACGCUGCCCAACAAUUUGAUGUCGCGCAUUGCCGCCGAAAUAAUACGCAUGUCGGAGCGGGAGCCGUGCGGCGAGCGGGCUUGCACCAUAUUCAUAGAGUUCGAGAGCGAGCCGAACAACGUCAGGCGCAUUGCCUCGUUCAAGGUGGACCCGGAGACGGUCUCCAUAUUUGAGCUUUAUCUGACGCUGAAGCAGGACAAGAGCGGCUGGACCUCCCUUCUGCCGCAGUUUCUCAAAAAUUUAACGCGCAGCAAUACGAUUAUGAUCAGUCCCGAUUUUACUUUGACCAAGAACAAGCUCUACUCGCCGAGUAGAGGCAGCAUCAUAUGAGGCAAAUGGAAGGCGUAGACGUGGGUGUGGGCGUGGGCGUGGCGAAAAAAGGGCGCUGCACUCGACUCAUUACACAAUCCCUCCGAAUAAGUAAAUGGUGAACAAGAAAAACAAGCAGAAGAAGAACAACAGCUGCAGCAGAGCCUAUGAAGAACCUCACGUCUGCGUCUCCAUCGAAACCCAUCCAAAAACAAAAUAUUUAAAUAAUAAUAUAAUAUUAACAAAAAAAAAACAACCCAUAAAGAGGCAAACUUUGGACCACAAUUCAACACAACUCCUGCAAAAUCAACAAAUCAACUCAACAAAGAAGUCGAAGAAGAAGAAGAAGAGGAUUAAAAACAAACCCAACCACAAUUAUGUAUUUUGAGAACUAAAAAUCCUAAAACAAAUCAACUGCAGUUGCAGGCAACUCAAAACUCUUAUUGGACUGACUUUUUGGCUUAUAAGAAAAAAAAGGAACUUUUUGAAAAAAACAAAAUCAAACAAAAACAAUACACAAAAUAUUGCAAAUAUUGUUAAAAAACAAAAAAAAAAAAAAACAAAAAAAAGGAAACUAAAAACAAAAUAACGGUUGUCGGUUAUCCGUUUUUAAACACAAAAGCAAAAAGGCAAAAACAAAACCUACCCAAAUUGUAUGAGAAAAGAGAGUAUUAAUCGUAUAAGCUAUGUAUGAGAGUAUGUGUGUAUCAGCUGAGAGAGAGAGAGAGCGAGAGGGAGAGAGAUGAGCAAAUACAAAUUUCUAUAUAGUAGUUGAUCAUAUAUAUAUAUGAUAUAUGGAAUAUGUAUGUAUGUUUUUCUUCACGAUCUUAUUAGGCUAUAAAAACUCUAUAUGAAAUAUAUAUACAUACAUAUAUAUUUAAGGGAAGAACAGAGCAAACAAUAAGGCAAACAAGUUGAGCAGAAGAAGAAGAAGAGGCAGAGCAGAAGAUGUAGAAGCAGAGUAGAGAAGAAGCAGCUGCAAACAACAAAAUAAAUAUAUAAAAAAAAACAAAGUUGAUGUGAUAUUAUAUAAUAAUUAUGAAUAUUAAGACACAAAUACAAAUACA